GAGGAGUGUCGUGGUGCAUAGCGCUUCUAGCGCUCCUAGCCACAGUGACAACCGACACUAUAGAAGAAUUGAAAAACGAAUCGGUGGAAAGCGCAAGCACGUCCACUGGCAGUUCUCAAGAAGAUGAGGAGCCUAAAGAGGCGUGGAUGCGAGCCCCAGCUGGUGGGGUUUCGGUCAGGAGUGGGGAGGAUGCGCUGCUGACGUGUGUGGUGCUGGGGGCCAGGGGCCGGCCCGUGCUGUGGCGGAGGUCCAGGGACCUGCAGCUGCUGACUGCGGGCGGUGUCAGAGUCACGAGAGAUGACCGCAUACACGUCCUCCAUGAUGAUUCUGAGGAGCCCUUCCAAGGCCCGGGCAUAGCCAAGGGCGGUGACGUGUGGGCUCUGGUCAUCAAGUCCGUGAAGGCCUCCGACGCUGGCCUGUACAUGUGUGAGCUGAACACCGAACCACCUGUCAGGAGUUUCCACAAGCUUACAGUAAUCUCUCGAGGGCUAACCCCUCCUGAGAACCAGAACACAACUGACAGCUACUCUGCCAACGCGGCCACGCCGUCGUCAAUCGCGUUGGCACACAACUACACCGACUGCUGUCUGGCGUCCAACGUCAGCAAGGCCUGCCUCGGCUUCUGCAGCAUACAGACCAUCCUGGAGGGCACUGGGCAAGACCCGGAGACGUGCCAGCCUGACUUCCCUGCUAUUGUCAAAUGCAUGGCCGACGGCCGCAACCACGUGCCGUGCUGCGUGCAAGAGCGCGUGCCCGACAUCUGCCAGGACGUGUGCCGCGGCGAAUUCACGCCCGUCACCGACAACAUCAAGACGCACUACUCGUGCGCGUCUUACAUGGAGAAGACGCUAGCUUGCAUAGUUGAGGGCAUUGAAUUACUUCCAAGCCCGCCAGAGGAGGUGGAAAUCGAGCCACUCAACGAAAAACAAUUGAACGUUACGUGGAACCCUCCAAUCGAGAACACUGACACGGUCACAGAGUUCAUAGUCAACGUGACCACACUCAGGUCCUUCGACGCCCAUCUCAUAGACCCAUCCGAAAGUUCCAUGAAGAACACUACGAACAUGAAAAUGAGUCAGCCCAUGACUUUCAAAGUGCCAGCAAACAAAACCUUCCUGGUGCUAAACGAUCUUCUCCCAUUCACAAUGUACGAGGUCACAGUGACGUCGUAUAAUAUUCACGGCUCCAGCCUGCCAAGCUACGCGAUCAGAUCCCUCACAUUGACCCCUGGGAAGAUGAAGACCACAGAAGUGGCAGCGGCGCCAGAACUACCAGAUGUCCGACAAUGCUGCGUCUCAGCUGGAGUCAACUACUUUGGAUGCGUGGACAAGCUCUGUGACCCCACCAAAACCUUUGAGAUUGGCCUACAGGUCACAGAUCUGAUGAUAUGCGCUCCAUGGGCCGGCGUCACCUUCGGGUGCCUCGCCAAUGGAAUGGACCACACUCCUUGCUGUAGGGCAAGAGGAUUGCCAGAGAACUGCUUACCUCUGUGCAGUGGAAACAUUACGACGUUGGAUUUCAAUCAUUUCAAGUGUCUUCGCCAUAUGAGUUCUUACACCAACUGCCUUCUACAAGGCUAUGGAGUCCUCCCAGGGCCUCCGUCCAAGCUUCAUUUGACCAAUAUUGAUACCGACUACGCAGUUGUGCAUUGGUCGCCGCCUGCAGCGUUGGCUGACACUGUCCAGUUCUACAACUUGCAUUACAAGUCAUUGUCAACUGAUGAUGAUUACAGAGCUUUGGAGAGGGUACAUUCGCCAUACAUUCUUGAAGAUUUGGAAUCAAACACGGAUUACGAGAUUUACGUUGAAGCUGUAAAUGAGCAUGGAGUUGGAGCAUCAUCACCAAGGCUUAUAUUCAGAACUCAGAGUCAGUUGAUCGAGGAAGAAGAAGAAGCAGCCAACUCUUACAACGUCACAGAGUGCUGUGAGAGGGUACAGUUAGCCGGCGUCUGUAUGCCACUUUGCACGUACGAUGCCAAGAUGUCGGAUUUGAGGACGCUGGCUCCGCUCUGUGCUCAGGACUUCCACAAACUGCUGCGGUGUGGUGCUGGAGGUCGUAACCACGCCGCGUGCUGUGCGCGCCGCGGCGUGCCUGAGAAUUGUCGCGGAGUAUGCGCGGGCGCAUACUCUGGUGGAGUCAAUACAUGUGUCCCAUACAUCGGCAACAUCGUGCAAUGCUUUGAAGAGGGAACUGGCCUCUUACCUGGACCACCAAGACAACUGCACGCCCACAUUGACUCCAACGGAUCUCUCGCCCUGGAUUGGGUGGCACCAGACGACGCUGAUAACGGCACUGUCUACGUUGUGUUCUGGCAGCAACUCAGCAACGGAACUCAGCCUUAUAAUGCCAACACGCUGCCAUCGCUGACACAGGGAAUGCAAAUGAACACCACUGAGAAGUCGAUCGAAUUACGGGGCCUGGUUCCCAACAGCACCUACCGAAUGUUCGUGGUGGCGUCCAACCAGCACGGCUCCUCCAUACCUUCCAGCAUGAUCAUCUUCAACUUCACACAAGGCGAAGAGAAAGAAGUGAACGGCAUCCCGUCCCCGCCGCACUCGCUGGCGGUGUCCUCGCACUCCGCCACCUGGCUGACGCUGAGCUGGCAGCCGCCGCAGUUCUCGCUGCCCGACGAGAAGAUAUCCUACUCAUUGUACUUCAAAUCGCCCACGGUCCUGGCAGCGGCCAACGUGACGGUCAUCAACGUGACGGUCCCAGGAUACACCCUCGAGAAGCUGGUGCCCAACUCGCAGUACAUAGUGUGGGUUAAGGCGCAUACCGACGCCGGGGAUUCCCUGCCUUCGGAGACUCUGCUGGCAUGGACCGAUCCUGCCUACCCGGCGUAUGUGGAGCCCCCCACCGUGAACCCCGUCAACCUGGUGGUGGAAGGGUCCAGCAUGACGAUCCUGUGCAUCGCCAUGGGAACACCCACGCCCACCAUCUCUCUCUACAUAAGUGGUCGCCUGGUCCGGCAAGAGGUGACGCGGCACAUGGUGACGGUAAUCCACAACGUGACGCGCGACAUGGACGAGAUCGCGUGUUACGGGGACAACGGCUACGGGACCCCCAUGCAGGCUGCUAGGAAGAUCAACAUCUCACACGUGCCCACAAUCCAAGCAUCCGGCAUUACCAUGGCGGCGGCAGGAGACUCGGUCAUCCUGGAGUGCCGGGUCGAAGCUCUGCCCAAGCCUACUAUAGCUUUCUGGAGAGAUCCCACUGGCAGAACGCCGGUCAUCGAUGGACCCAACUACUCCAUACAACUUGUAGCUGAUCCUGAGGAACCAACAAAGUACACCAUGCGUCUCAUAAUCAAGAAGAUAUCGGAGCUAAGUGAAGGCGACUACUUCUGCCACGCGGAGAACGCGUUCGGGAAGACCCUCCGGCCGGUGUCUGUCAGACUGAGGCCCACCGCGCCGCACCACAACGUCACUGCUUGCUGUGUACAGAUGAACGUGUCGUCGGCCUGCAUAGACGCGUGCAACUUCCGUCUGGACAUGGAGAACAUCAUGGACCGGCCCGAGUGCAUGAACGACUUCGACAAGCUUAUGAAGUGCGCUGCCGACGGCUCAGAUCACCGUGGCUGCUGCGCCUCCUGGGGCGUGCCACGCGCGUGCCUUGAACUCUGCCGCGGCGGAGGCGUGUCGCGCUCCUGCGCAAUGCAGCACGCACGCCGCGCGUUGGCGUGCUUCAGAGACGCCGGCGCCAAGCUACCUGGACCGCCCAGGAACCUGAGGGCUCACCAGGCACCCACGCCUAAUGCAGUUCUGCUUAGCUGGGAGCCGCCCCUCAAGAACCCUCAAACCGUCUACCUGUACCGCGUGUUCUGGCGCGCGUACGGCGACAAGGUUCCAGAGAAGUUGGACACCAGCGAGACCAGCGUAGUCCUCACGGGUCUGCAGGACGACAAGCGCUACGAGUGCGUUGUCAAGUCCGCCAACGAUAUUGGCACAUCAUCUCUCAGUGAAGCCAUAAUCUUCACCACCGCGGGGCAGGACAACGGCGCGGCCGCCGCGCCCGUGACCGGAGCCGGCACCGCCACGGCGGUCGGCUUAGCAGUCGCCUUCAUACUAGUGGCAGCCAUCUUGCUGGCAGCUGCCCUGUACUACAGGCAUAGAAAGAAUCUUAGGUUAAAGGCGCAAGGAGGUGUUGCGUUUGAAAACCCAAGCUAUCUCAGGGAACCAAAUCCAGACACCGUAGUCAAUGGAACACUUCCAAACGGGAACGCGAAUGGAGGAAACGGUGUAGCGAAUGGCGUUUCGAAUAGCACAGCGUGGAGACAGGAGACCUUGCAGAAUCCAAGUACUGCCGUGCCCAGCCAGCGAGAGGUCGACCCCACGUUAUACGAGGAGCUCAAGCUCGGUCAGGAUGGCGCCGGCUUCAAGAGACUGAAGCCAUAGCCCGAGGUGGCGCGCCGCUCCCCGCUCCGCUCGCCGCGACUGUCGUCGCCGCGGGUGGCGCCGCGCUACUGAGCGGCCGCGGGCCCGCGCGCGCUUCACUCCCCCCUCCCCGGCGCGGCGUCUCUGUCGCACGCGCCCGGGAACGCAUCCUUCUCGCUCGCACACGGAAUAGUUACCCCGGCUGGGUGAUGUGAACUUUGCACUGU